GUUAGAAUGGAAAAGCGCUAAACUGUCCAAAGGACGGUUUUCCACGUAAGGAAUGGAAAUUGUAGCGGAAAUAGAAGAGCUUGACAACCCGCUUUCAGAAUCUUAUUCCUUCAGGAGCAUAAAAGUGAGUGUUUUGGCUUUGGGUUGGUUUGCAAAGGCGGGGGCGCCGGGAGUCGGACACUGACCGUAAGACUUUUAAAACUUGAUUUUAAAAGAUUAGACUUACAGAAACAUGGCAAGAAUAGCAUCAAGAAGCAGAUUCGACCAUUGUUAACCUUUUGCUGAAUGUGUUUUAUCCAUUUCUGUCUGUAAGCCCUCAACACACACACACACACACACACUGGUUGAGAGCAACUUAUUUCUCAAGAACAAGGAUGUGCCCAUCCCUAACCACAGUGCAGUUAUCACAAUCAGGAAACCUGACCUUGCUAUAACCCGAUUACGUGACCUGCAGACCUUUUGCAAGUUUUGCCAGUUAUGUCAGUUCUGUCCUCUAUUGCAAAAUUUUCCUUUCCAGUCCAGGAUCCAGCCUCAGCUCCUGCAUGGCAUUUAGUCUCAUGUCAUUUCGGUCUCAAUCUGAACCCGUGUCUCAUUCCCAAAGCGCUAAACUCCCCACUUCCUCGUUCACUUCCUACUCGAACAGAGAAACAGGAGCCAUUGGAAGGGCAUUUUCUCCAUUUCUCUUUACUCGCCUGCUUAUCACUGAGUCCAUCAUCUCCUUCUCCCUCCUUCCAAUAGAGACCGUGUCCUUCGCCUUAGCUAAUGCCCAUCCGUCCACUCCCCUCAGGUUUUGCCUCCCACGUUCUCAAGACCCUCACAGCCCUUCGUGAUGCUUCUCCCCCCUACGUCUCUAGCCCUUUCCGCUGCACCGGAUUCGUCCCAUCAUUGAUUUGUUCCUUCAGCAAAUAAGUUUGAGCGUCUGCUGUGCGUCUGGCCAUCUUCAAAGCGCUGGGCAUAAAGCCGUGAGGGAGAGAGACAUGCUCUCUACCUUGACGGAGCUUUCAGAUACGCUCAUACCUCACACGUGGAAGAAAACACGACAGAAGACAACUUGUCCCCUUCACGCCAAACUCAAAGAGAUAGUUACACUUAGGCUUUCUCGCCAUUCACCCACACUCGUCACCUCAUUCUAGUCUGGCUUCCGGCCCAUCACUGUUGAAGUGGAACUUGCUAAAUCAUCAGUGACAUCCAUGUUGAAAGUCUAGUGACCAUAUGAAGUCUACAGCUUACGUAGCAUUUGACCCCGCAGCUGCUCUACUUAAAGAACGCUUCCCAAGCAAUCAGGAAGAGUGCAUGGCUCUUAAGGGAAGAAGUUAAGCUGCGGCUCAGAGUCAAAAUACAGUGUCCAAAACCAGAGGCCUAACGCAGAUCGCUUCAGUGUCUGAACUGAGGAAAAAGUUUGGUCAAGAGUAGACGAAAGAAUGUGGUGUUUCACACCAGGAAAUGGGAGGGAUGAUUCUGUUCUCCCUUCAGACCAUUUCAUUGUCCUACGCUUCUCAUAAACGUGAACAUUUCCUCUCAAGCAAACUACUUCAUAGGGCGAUCAACCGAAGAAAUAAUGACGGGUUCGGAUGCUGAAGGAAACACUGGACAGCGCAGUAGCAGAACAUUCUCUCGGAUGGCGCUAAUUGAAACCCCACUAAACUCUAGCUUAUGGGUUUGUCAUGGAUGCGGUCAUGUAAAGCAGGCUGAGGGGCACGGGGAGCGUCUGUAGGGUGGGCGUGGGGUUUACAUUUUAAGUAAUGUGGUUAGGUCUCACGGAGAAGGCAACGGUUAAGCAAAAAACUGGAGGCAGCGAGGGAGUUGGCCAUGCAAAUAUCUGGGGGACGAGCGUUCCAGGCAGAGGAACAGCCAGUGCAAAGGCCCUGAGGAAGAGUGUGCCUGGAGUGUAUGAGGGCAAGCAAGGAGGCCGGUAUGGCUGGAGCCGACUGGCGAAGGGGGAGUGACAGGAAAUGAGGGCAGGGAGGUUAACGGGGCACCAGCAAAUAUGGAGGCCAUUGUAGGCCGCUGUGGAUUCUAACUUUCAAGCGAAAUUGGGAGCCACCGUAGAGUUUUCAGCGGAGGCAUGACAUGACCUGGCUUCAAUUUUCAAAGGAUCACGGGGUGCUACUGGGUUGGGAACAGACCCAAGGGCGACAGAUAGCAGCAGGCUGUUGCAGUGAGGCAAGCAAGAUAGGAGUGAUGGUGGCUUUGUUGGAUCUUGGUAGCAGUUGAGGAGGAGGUAGUAAGAAGUGAUCAAAUUCUGGUUAUGUUUUGAAGGGAGAAUGAACAGGAUUUGCUGAUGAAGCGGGUACACUGGAAAGGGUUGAAUUGCUGCUGAUUAAAAUGGGGAAGCAUUGUGAAGAGCAACUGUUUUCAGCCAGUUAUUUCCUUCGUACUCACUGCCCUGGACUGUUCGGUCUCACUCUUUACUUAGGAAGGCAUCGGGAGGAGCCCCAAUCCAGAUCUAAAGAUGUUCGCACGCAAGCCAUGUACCAGAUGAUGGAUCAAGGCUUUGUAGGACUUAUUUUUUCCUGUUUCAUAGAAGAUAAAAACACAAAGACUGGCCGCGUCCUCUACACUUGCUUUCAAUCCAUUCAGGCCCAGAAGAGCUCAGAGUAUGAGAGGAUCGAAAUCCCCAUCCAUAUUGUGCCUCAUGUCACCAUUGGGAAAGUGUGCCUCGAAUCAGCAGUCGAGCUGCCCAAGAUCCUGUGCCAAGAGGAGCAGGACGCGUAUAGGAGGAUCCACAGCCUUACACAUCUGGACUCAGUCACCAAGAUCCAUAAUGGCUCAGGCUUCCCUCUGGCUUAUGGAUCCAGGGAUGUUCACGAUGGCCUCAGAAUAGUGUUUACCAAGAAUCUGUGCAGCCAGAUGUCAGCGGUCAGCGGGCCUCUCCUACAGUGGUUGGAGGACAGACUGGAGCAAAACCAGCAGCAUCUGCAGGAGUUGCAACAAGAAAAGGAAGAGCUGAUGCGAGAACUUUCUUCUCUAGAAUAAAGUGGGAGACAAAAUGGGGAAAGAUGAAAACAUCCUGGCGUUAAAUUAAUAAUGCUAAAUCAAUUUCGAAGAAAAAGUCAGAGGACUCACAUUACCUGACUUCAAGACUUCUCAUAAAGCUAGAGAAAUCAAGACGGUGUUGCGUAUGCCCAACUGAUUUUGACAAAGGUACAAAAGCAAUUCAAUGGAGGAAGAAUAGUCUCUUCAACAAAUGAUGCUGGAUUAAUUAGACACCCACAGGCCAAAAAAAUGAACUUUGACCUAAACCGCACACCUUAUACAAAAAUUAACUGAAAAAUGUAAUCAUGGACUUAGAUGUAAGAAUGUAUGUCUUAUACAAAAAUUAACUGAAAAAUGUAAUCAUGGACUUAGAUGUAAGAUGUAAAACCAUAAAGCUUUUAGAAACAAAAUCAUGGGAAAAUCUUUAGGAUCUUGGGCUAGGCAACAAGUUCUUGGCCUUCACCCCAAAAGCACAAUCCUAAAAGGAAAAGGUUGAUAUAUUGGACUUCAUCAAAAUGAACUUUUGCUCUGUGAAAAAAAUUUAAGAGGAGGAAAUUGUUGAGAGAAUUAUUUGCAAAGCAUCUAUUUGAUCAAUCUAGAAUAUAUAACAGUAAAACAAACAAUCCAGUUAGAAAAUGAGCAAAAGACAUGAAUUGACAUUUUACUAAAGAUGAGCUAUGGAAUGCAAGUAAGCACAGAAAAAGAUGUUCAACUUCAUUAGUCAUCAGAGAAUGCAAAUUCAAAUCACGAUGAUUUAUGACUGCUUCUCAGACUGGCUAAAGAAAAUAUAUUGAAAAUACCAGAUGCUGUUGAUCAUACCAAGUGGAUCUCUCACGCAUGGCCAAUAGGAAUGUGGAUCAACACAGCCACUCAGGAGAAGAGUCUGGAGGUUUUAAUGAAGUUAAGCAUACACGUAUCAUAGGACCCAGCAGUUGAACUCUUGGACAUUUAUCACAGAGGAAUGAAAGCCUGUGUUGGCAGGGAAACUUGUACACAAAUAUCCUUAGCAGCUUUAUUUGUAAUAGCCAAAAACUGGAAGCAACCCAGAUGUCCUGCAAUUGAGUGAGUGAUUAAACCAACCAUCCAUAGCACGGAAUGCUACUGUUCAAUGCAAAGGAGUAGAGUAUUGAUAUACACAAGAUGGAUGGACCUCAAGGGUAUCAUGAUGAAUAAAAAAGCCAUUCUCAAAAAGUAAUAUACCAUAUGAUUGCAUUUAUAUAACAUUCUGGAAAUGACAGAAUUAUAGAAAUGAAGAACAGAUUAUUGGUAGCCAGGGGUCAGGGACUGGCAGGGGUGUGGGGUAUGUACGACCAUAAUGGGAAUAACACAAGGAAUUCCUCCACGCUGACGGAACAGUUCUGUAUCUUGAUUGUGGUAUUAGUUAAAUGAAUUCAUAUCUGUGCUAAAACUACACAGACCUACACAUACCCACAAAUGAAUGCAUGUAAGAUCUGAUGACUCUGGAUAAGGUCUGCUGUCUAGUAAGGAGUAUUGUACCAUUUUCAAUAUGGUUUUGAAGUUGUACUAUACUUAUACAAGAUCUUACUACUGGGGAACCUGGGCGAAGGGUACAUAGGACUCACUGUACUAUGUUUGCAACUUCCUGUAAUCUGUAAUCAUUGCAAAAUAAAAAGUAAGUACUAAA